UUUUUAUUCACCACAUCAUAGGCAUGACUUUUGGCUAUGAUGUCUUAUAGUAUCUUUAGGAGACUGUCUUAUACGGAAAGAUGUGGGCAGUUGAUGGGUAAGCAAUUUACCGAGGACCAAUUGAGUGAGUUCCAACAUGGACAAUUCAUUUUUACUAGUCAGUAUUUAAACAUGUUUUGCCAUUGUCAGAUAGGGUUCAUAUAUAUAUAUCGAUAUCAACGUUACAACUUGCCUUUGUUUUCAUUUUUUCUCCCCUAAAAUAUGUCCUCUUCACAACCUGUAUUGGAGCCACCUAGUAAAUGAAUUGCAUUACCUGUACGAGUUGAGCCUAAAGUGUUUUUUUUUGCUAAUGAAAGAACGUUUCUUUCCUGGCUUAAUUUCACUGUUGUAUUAGGUGGGCUUGCUAUGGGUCUUUUGAACUUUGGGGAUCGUAUAGGACAAUUAUCCGCCACCUUAUUUACAGUAACAGCCAUGUUUGUGAUGCUUUAUGCACUGUAUACAUUUCAUUGGAGAGCGACCAAAAUUAGAAAUCGUGAGACAGUCCCGUACGAUGAUCGCGUAGGUCCUACUGUGCUGUGUAUAUCCUUGUUCAUCGCAGUUGCUUUUAACUUUUAUCUGCGUAUGCAUUAUUCUCCUGCACAAUAAAUAAUAUAUAUGACAGGUGUCAAUUGGUAAAUUUUAUUCAUCGUGUAACACAAAAUGAGUCGUAACUUGUCAUGAAGACAAACUGUGUUGUUCAUGAACAUCUUCAAGUGAAUAACAAGGUCAAAUAGACUUUAAACAACUCAUUCUAUGGAAGGCAUACAGAAAAAAAAAAGAAAGGAAAAGAAAUACGCGUUGAUGACAC